ACGUGGAUACAGUUUUGGGCAAUAAUUUUAUUUUGAAGUUCGUAAGAAUUGAUUAAUUAAACUCUAUUGCGUACGCCAGGACAUAGAUCCGCAUUGACACCAGCGUUGUCCGAACAACAAAAAUAAUGAAGACCACACCAACAUUGACGAAUUCGAGGCCCGAAUUCAAAGAGAUCCCCAAAGAGCUGAACAAGCACUUGGCCAAUCUCGGAGCUCCACAUGUCGACUCCUUCGAUGAAAUGCUUUCAGUCGGACUGGACCAUUUGGCCAAACAUGUCAUACCAAUGCAAUUUCAAACACCGGCAGGCGAACGCAUUUCCCUUAGGAUUGAGAGUAUUUCCAUAGCCAAGCCACAAGCCCCACAGGAUGUCAUUGAUGUCCGGACUCGGGAGAUUUACCCCACAGAUGCACGGCAACUGCAUGCUUCAUAUAUGGGAAUGUGCUCCAUAAGGCUGGCGUGGCAAGUAAAUGGCCUGCAAAAGACUUCCAUUAACAUGGACUUGGGUGAAGUCCCUAUCAUGCUACGGUCGAAAGCCUGCAAUCUGGGCGGAGCCUCGCCCAAGGAAAUGGUCCAGCACGGUGAACAUGAUAGCGAGUGGGGCGGAAUCUUUAUAAUCCGCGGCAAUGAAAAAAUUGUUCGUAUGCUCGUCCUCACACGCCGCAAUCAUCCGAUUUGUGUAAAACGCUCAUCCUGGAAGGAUCGUGGACACAAUUUCAGUGAUUUGGGUGUCCUGGUGCAGACAGUUCGCGCUGACGAGUCUUCCUUUAGCAAUGUUUUGCAUUACCUUAAUAAUGGAUCGGCCCGCUUCAUGUUUAGCCACGUGAAAAGAUUAUCAUAUGUUCCCGUUUGUCUGAUCCUCAAGUGCCUGAUGGACUACACCGAUGAGGAGAUCUAUAAUCGUCUUAUACAGGGAUACGAGACGGAUCAAUAUUAUAUAUCCUGUGUCCAAACUAUGCUCCGGGAUGUCCAAAAUGAAGGAGUGUACACGCACGCCCAAUGCAGGAAUUUCAUUGGCACUCUGUUUCGUUCUCGCAUCGCAGAGGUUCCCGAAUGGGAACCUGCCGAGGCUGUCACAGACUUCAUACUUAGAGAGCGGAUUAUGGUCCACCUGGAUUCCUACGAGGACAAAUUCCAAUUGAUUGUGUUUAUGGUGCAAAAGCUUUUCCAAUGUGCCCAGGGCAAAUAUAAAGUGGAAAAUGUGGAUUCAGCCAUGAUGCAAGAGGUGCUUCUUCCCGGACAUCUGUAUCAGAAGUAUCUGGGCGAACGGAUUGAAAUGUGGAUGUUUCAGUUGCGCAAAUGCCUGCUAAAAAAAUUAACCACUCCGGAUGCACUGCUCUCCAGCUCCACGUUGACCCAGUGCAUGCGUCAAGCAGGCGGCGUUGGCCGUUCCAUCGAGUCCUUUUUGGCCACAGGUAACAUUGCCUCUCGCUCGGGACUGGGUCUCAUGCAGAACAGUGGCCUGGUCAUAAUGGCCGAGAACAUUAAUCGGAUGCGUUACAUGUCCCAUUUUCGAGCCAUUCAUCGUGGUUCAUAUUUCACAACGAUGAGAACAACAGAAGCCCGUCAAUUAUUGCCAGAUGCUUGGGGAUUUGUGUGUCCAGUUCAUACUCCUGAUGGCACACCUUGUGGACUGCUCAAUCAUUUGACACUAACAUGUGAAAUAUCGAAACGUCCCGAUCCCAAGCUGGUCAAGGCAAUCCCAGCCAAACUCAUUGAAAUGGGCAUGCUACCGCUCUCACAUCGUCCUCAACCCGAGUCCAAGUUGUAUGUGGUCUUUCUAGAUGGUCGCCACUUGGGACACAUCUAUCAAUCGGAUGCGACGAAAAUUGUCGAGGAUUUACGUUAUGGGAAAAUUAUGGGAGAGUUGCCGAAAAUGCUGGAAAUCGGUUUCAUCCCAUUCAAAAAGAAUGGACAAUUCCCCGGCCUCUUUUUGGCCACCAGUCCAGCGCGGAUGAUGCGUCCCGUGUGGAAUUUGAAAUGGCAACGAGUAGAAUACAUUGGAACCCUGGAACAAUUGUACAUGGAAAUAGCAAUCGAUGAGAAAGAAAUGUAUCCAGAUUUCACCACUCACCUGGAGCUGGCAAAGACCCAUUUUAUGAGCAAUUUGGCCAAUCUAAUACCCAUGCCCGAUUACAAUCAAUCGCCGCGUAACAUGUAUCAAUGUCAGAUGGGUAAACAGACCAUGGGCACGCCAUGCCUCAAUUGGCCCAAGCAGGCGGCCAAUAAGUUGUACCGCCUCCAGACACCCGGCACCCCUCUCUUUCGGCCAGUGCACCAUGAUAACAUCCAGCUCGACGACUUUGCCAUGGGCACCAACGCCAUUGUGGCUGUCAUCUCCUACACUGGCUACGACAUGGAAGACGCCAUGAUCAUUAACAAGGCUGCCUAUGAACGGGGUUUUGCCUAUGGCAGCAUCUACAAGUCCAAGUUUGUUCAGUUGCCCAAGAAAUCGAGUUACUUCGCUCGUCAUCCGCAUAUGCCGGAACUGCAGAAAUAUUUGGACACCGAUGGCCUGCCACAUCCCGGAACGAAACUCUCCUAUGGCUGUCCCAUGUAUUGUUAUUUUGAUGGCGAAGUGGCCACCUACAAAGUGAUGAAAAUGGAUGAGAAGGAAGAUUGCUUCGUGGACAGCAUCCGGCAAUUGGGCAGCUUUGAACUGCAGCCGCGGAAGUCAGUGUGCAUCACUUUGCGCGUGCCACGGCCCGCGACCAUUGGAGACAAGUUUGCUUCGCGGGCGGGGCAGAAAGGCAUUUGCUCCCAGAAAUACCCGGCGGAGGAUUUGCCCUUCACGGAAUCUGGCCUCAUACCGGAUAUUGUGUUCAAUCCUCAUGGAUUCCCCUCCCGUAUGACAAUUGCCAUGAUGAUUGAAACCAUGGCAGGCAAGAGUGCCGCUGUCCACGGCAAUGUGUACGAUGCCACUCCGUUUCGCUUCUCGGAGCAGAACACGGCCAUUGAUUACUUUGGCAAAAUGCUGGAGGCUGGAGGCUACAAUUACUAUGGCACUGAACGUCUGUAUUCCGGUGUGGAUGGUAGGGAAAUGACCGCUGAUAUCUUCUUUGGCGUCGUCCACUAUCAGAGACUGCGGCACAUGGUGUUUGACAAGUGGCAAGUCCGAUCCACCGGAGCUGUCGAAGCUCGCACCCAUCAGCCCAUCAAGGGACGCAAACGGGGUGGCGGAGUGCGUUUCGGUGAGAUGGAACGUGAUGCUCUCAUCUCGCAUGGAGCCGCCUUUCUCCUACAGGAUCGCCUCUUUCACAAUUCGGACAAGACCCACACUUUGGUGUGCCACAAGUGUGGCUCCAUUUUGUCGCCCCUCCAGCAGAUUGUGAAACGAAAUGAAACCGGUGGAUUGUCUUCCAAACCGGAAACCUGCCGCUUGUGCGGCGAUAGCAGUUCAGUGUCCAUGAUCGAGAUUCCAUUCUCAUUCAAAUUCCUGGUCACCGAACUGAGUUCGGUCAACAUUAAUGCCCGGUUUAAGCUGAACGCUAUUUAGAUCUAGAUUCAAUCCAACUAUUGAUUGUAUAAUUUUUAAUAAAUUUGUUAAAAUUAAAA